ACUCGCAGGCGGGUGGCGGCGGCUGUGCUUGCUGGUGAGGGCGGGAGGGAGUGACUCACAGAACGUGUGUGAGGGAGGGAAGGAGCGAGCGGGCGAGCGAGCACCCGCGCCGUCCGCCCGCUGCGCCAGCCAGGCCCCUCCGCCGCCGCCUCCCCUCCGCCCCGCGCCCAGGCCGGGUCGAGCCGAGCCGGGUCGGGCCCGGGCCAUGCUGCUCACCGUGUACUGUGUGCGGAGGGACCUCUCCGAGGUGACCUUUUCCCUCCAGGUCGACGCCGACUUCGAGCUGCACAACUUCCGCGUGCUGUGCGAGCUCGAGUCUGGCAUCCCCGCAGCCGAGAGCCAGAUUGUCUAUGCUGAAAGACCUCUUACAGACAACCACAGAUCACUGGCUUCUUAUGGCUUGAAAGAUGGGGAUGUUGUGAUUUUACGCCAGAGGGAGAAUGCAGACCCUCGACCUUCAGUGCAGUUCCCAAACUUACCCCGAAUAGAUUUCAGCAGUAUAGCUGUGCCUGGCACAUCAAACCCUCGACAGCGCCAGCCACCAGGAGCACAGCAGUCCCACUCAUCUCCUGGAGAAAUAGCAUCAUCUCCUCAGGGCUUGGACAACCCAGCCCUGCUCCGAGACAUGCUGCUGGCAAACCCUCAUGAGCUGUCCUUGCUAAAGGAACGCAAUCCACCCCUGGCAGAUGCACUUCUCAGUGGAGACCUUGAGAAAUUUUCCAGGGUUCUAGUAGAGCAGCAGCAGGACCGAGCCCGGAGAGAGCAAGAAAGGAUUCGUCUCUUUUCUGCUGACCCCUUUGAUCUUGAAGCUCAGGCAAAGAUAGAAGAAGAUAUAAGGCAACAGAACAUUGAGGAAAACAUGACAAUAGCUAUGGAAGAGGCUCCAGAAAGUUUUGGCCAAGUAGUGAUGCUUUAUAUUAACUGCAAAGUGAAUGGACAUCCUGUGAAAGCCUUUGUUGACUCAGGUGCCCAGAUGACUAUUAUGAGCCAAGCUUGUGCAGAAAGGUGUAAUAUAAUGAGACUGGUAGACCGUCGGUGGGCAGGGAUUGCCAAAGGAGUGGGCACCCAGAAGAUUAUUGGAAGGGUACAUCUAGCUCAGGUUCAAAUUGAAGGCGAUUUCUUGGCGUGUUCCUUUUCCAUCCUUGAGGAGCAGCCCAUGGACAUGCUUCUGGGACUGGACAUGCUUAAACGGCAUCAGUGUUCCAUUGACCUCAAGAAAAAUGUACUCGUGAUCGGCACCACAGGCUCCCAGACCACCUUCCUUCCUGAGGGAGAAUUGCCAGAGUGUGCCCGGUUGGCAUAUGGGGCUGGGCGAGAGGAUGUGCGACCAGAGGAGAUUGCAGACCAAGAAUUAGCAGAAGCCCUUCAAAAAUCAGCAGAGGAUGCAGAGAAAAGCGGUAAAGAAUCUACCUCACUGGGAAUGUCAUCAUUACCAACUUCAGAUGGAUUUAACCAUCCAGCCCAUUCUUCAGGACAGAGUCCUGAGAUUGGUGAUCCUAUGAGUCCUGCUCGCUCUGUCUCUGCUUCAGUCUGCCCUAUCAAGCCCAGUGACCCAGAUAACAUUGAACCUGAAACUGUGAGGGCUACAAAGGCUUCAGCUGAAUUUCAGAUAAACUCUAAAAAGAAAGAACAUCUUCCUCUACAGGAUAUUUCUGCUGAUGCUUCUUCAGCAGACCAGAGUCCAGCUAUGCCUUUGCAGAAUUCAUCCGAAGAAGCAGUUGUUAUAGAUAGUCUGGAGACAUCUGCUGGAAGAAGCACCCAGGGCCUCAGAUUUCAUCUCCAUACUAGACAGGAAGCUAGUUUAUCUGUCACAACUACUAGGAUGCUUGAACCACAGAUGUUUCUAGGUCAAAAGGAUUGGCAUCCAGAAAAUCAGAACCUGCAUCAAGUGAAUGGCCUUCAGCAACUCAAAGAAUCAGGGAAUGAACAGGGUGAGGUUGUACAACAGAAGACUCCGUGUAACAUAGGGCACCUUGAGCCUCCUGAAGAAAGGCAGCAGAACCCACAAAGUAUGGUUGAUUUGGAAGCUACGAUGAAAGGAGACAGGCUACAGCAGAAUGUGGAUCUUCCAAGUACAAAGAAAAGUACUGUAUCUUCAGGUUGCAUUGGCUGCUCAAAUUCAGAAACACUUAUGGAAAUAGACAUAGUUGAACAGUCCUUAGUUGCUGUGCUUAAUUCAACAGGCAGUCAGAAUGCAAAUGUCAAGAACAUUGGUGCAUCUGAUCUCAUUUCAAAUAAUCCCUCAAUGGAAGUAGAAACAUCUAAAUGUAACCCUUCAUCUGAAAUUUUGAAUAAUUCCAUUUCUGCUCAGGAUUUGCAGCCCCUGGAAAAUAUUGUUGAACUAUCUGGAACAAAUAAAGAGUAUGGCAGUUACUCCUCCUCUUUAAGUCUCUGUGGCAGUUGUCAGCCCUCUGUGGAGUCAACAGAAGAAUCUUGUUCAUCUAUAACGGCAGCCUUGAAAGAACUUCAUGAACUUUUGGUCAUUAGUAGUAAACCAGCUUCAGAAAAUAUAUCUGAAGAAGUUAUCUGUCAGUCAGAAUCAGUAGCUGAGAGCCAUACCGGUAUUAAGGACCUUUCUGAAAGAUGGACCCAAAAUGAGCAUCUUGCCCAGAAUGAACAGUGUCCACAAGUCUCCUUUCACCAGGCCAUGUCUGUCUCAUUGAAGACAGAAACUUUAACAGGUACUUCACCUGGCACUGGAAUAGAAGAUGUGCAAAAUAUGAACUUCAGGGGUCCAGGUGAUGGCCUGUCAACUGAUAAGGAAGGUGUCCCCAAAUCUUGGGAAUCAGUAAAUGAGAACACAUCUGUCACUGUAACCUCAACUAAAUCAUCAAAUCAGUUACGUUGCACCUUAGGUGUGGAAAUUUCACCCAAACUUUUAGCAGGUGAAGAGGAUGCACUCAAUCAGACUUCUGAGCAAACUGAGUCUUUGUCAUCCAGUUUCAUAUUGGUUAAAGACUUGGGCCAGGGCAUACGGAAUCCAACAACAGACAGUCCUGAAAUCAGAGAAAACGUCUGUCCUGAAGCUGCAAGACCAUUUCUUGAAUAUGAACCACCUACCAGCCAUCCAUCAAGUCCUCCCAUUCUUCCACCAUUACUUUUUCCUGCCACAGAUAUUGACCGGAUUCUUCGUGCCGGCUUUACUUUGCAGGAAGCUCUUGGGGCUUUGCAUCGAGUUGGUGGAAAUCCAGAUCUUGCACUGCUUGUUUUGCUAGCAAAGAACAUUGUAGUUCCUACAUAACUAUAGGAAGGUGGGCUAGACCAUACUCCAUUUACUUAAAAACAAGCUCUCUCUAUAUACACACACAAACACACUCACCACGUAUACAGUAUAUGUAGAAACCUGCAAGCAGAAUGUUGAGCCAGAUUUUUUUUAAAAGAUUUUUUUCGGCCAAAGUAAUUUAUGAUCUCUGUCUGAUGAAUUUGUCUAUCCUACUUGUUAAAAUUUGGGCCUUUUAAAAUGUAUUGGCAGUAUGUGCAUACAAAAGCUUUUUAUUCUCAUUAAGAUGAUGUAUUCUGGAAUAAAAUGGAUGGUUUUGUGUAUAGCAGAACAUUUUAGAAUGAGAGUGAAUGCUUUGAAAAGCAGAAGCCAUGAGAAAUCCUAUCACCCAUGCAGCUAAAAACAGAUAAAUUCCACACUGUGGCAGUGUCUGUGCUGUUGGCAAGGUGUGGCUCGUUGACUCAGUUGUCAGUUUAGAAACUGUAGACCACAUAGUUGGGUGUUUGGAAUUAUACCCAGUACUUUAGGUAUUAUGACUCAUCAGUUAUAACAGGAAAUGAAGAAUAAUU